AUCGUCAGAGUGGCAAGAUGGCUUCCGAACCAAACAAGACUGAAAUCCUUAGCAUUUUCAAAAGAUUAAGGUCUAUUCCCACGAACAAGGCAUGUUUUGACUGUGCAGCAAAAAACCCCAGCUGGGCCAGUAUUUCCUAUGGUGUGUUCUUGUGCAUCGAUUGCUCAGGCAUUCACCGCUCUCUGGGAGUGCAUCUCAGUUUCAUCAGAUCCACUGAGUUAGACUCCAACUGGAACUGGUUCCAGCUGAGAUGUAUGCAGGUUGGGGGCAAUGCCAAUGCGACGGCAUUCUUCCGGCAGCAUGGUUGCUCUACAAAUGACACCAAUGCCAAGUAUAAUAGUCGUGCAGCUCAGAUGUACAGGGAGAAGAUCCGUCAGCAAGCGAAUGCUGCCUUGUCCAAAUAUGGCACAGAUCUGUGGAUUGACACUUCUGCAGGAGGAACCCCUAUACCUACUGAGAAAAAGGAGGCAGAUUUUUUUGCUGAACAUACACAGCUUGCAAGUGACUGGAGCAUGUCUCCGCUCUCUGAGCCAGAGCAGAAUGGAGCUGCCAUCACCUCCCGGCUGACAGACUCAACACCUAAAGUCCAGGAUGAUAACCAACCGGAGGAAGGACCAAGCAUUGAUGGUCUGAGCACAUCACCUAAAGCCUCUAUUGAGGACUCCAUGCGUCUGUCAUCACAGGAGGUACAGACAUCUCGAGAUGUGAAAUCUUCCAUCAUUGGAAAAAAGAAGCCCAUGACUUCCAAAAAAGGGCUUGGUGUGAAGAAAGGUCUUGGUGCUCAGAAGGUGAGCAGCAAGAGUUUUUCUGAGGUGGAGAAACAGGCACAAGUGGCUGAGAAGCUCAGAGAGGAGCAGGUGGCUGAGGCAAAGAAACAGGCCGAUCAUUCAAUUGUGGCUUCGAUGCGCUUGGCUUACAAAGAGCUUGAGAUCGACCGGAAGAUGGAGGAGAAGAAGAUUCAGAACCUGGAGGGACAAAAGAGGGAGCAGGCUGAGAGACUGGGCAUGGGCUUUGGAAACAGGAGUGUGGUGUCUCACUCGGUGAUGUCAGAGAUGCAGAUGAUCGAGCAGGAAACUCCUGUGGGCGCAAAGUCCUCCUCCUCUCGCUCCAAACUGGACAUGUUUGAUGAACCCGGCUUCACCUCAGGACCGCCAAAGUACAAGGACAACCCAUUCACAGUGGGAGAUAGUUUUGGGUCCCGGUGGGAUACUGAGGGAGGCUCUGCCUCCUUUACCACGUCCUGGGCUCUGGAGAAGGAGGAGCCCAAAGAGGAGGUCACUAUCUCCAGUAUUCAGCCAAUCGGAGAGAGACUUCCCAGCAGAAGGAAAGCUGAGGUGUCUGCUCCUGUUUCGGAGUCGAGCGAGGCCAGGCAGAAAUUUGCCAAUGCAAAGGCGAUCUCUUCAGAUAUGUUUUUUGGCCGGGAAACCAGCGCUGAGUAUGACGCCAAGACGAGACUGGAGACCAUGUCUGCAAGCUCCUCCAUCAGUUCAGCUGACCUGUUUGGAGAUGACAGUGACCCUAAAGGGAGAGCUUCAGGCUUUGACAACAUGCUCCCCGCCGGCCCGGACAUCGCACAGUUCAAACAGGGAGUGAAGACUGUUGCAGGCAAGAUGGCCGUCCUCGCCAAUGGCGUCAUGAACACGAUCCAGGAUCGUUACGGCUCGUACUGAUGGAGACGAGUGCCAGUCUGCGGGAAGAUGAAGUAACUUAACACCGACCAGCCUCCUGAUGGAUGACUCGUGUUUGGACGUACGAGACGUGGCUGGGAUGAGGAGAGGAUUGCAUGAGGAACAGAAACCGUCUUUUCAUCCGCCACUCUUUUAGAGACACCUUCACGGGAGUGAGACAGUAUUUUCUCUUCUCAUUAGCAGACUCUUGUUUUUAUUUUCAUAAAGAAGAGUUUUGUUGUAAAAUACUUUUUUGGUCUUAAGAGUUUCAAAAGUUAAUUCUUCUCUAUUUUAUUUCCUUCUACAUGAAAUCAAAGUGUUUUUGAUUUAUUCUAUGAAAUAUUUCACUCUCAUGUUUUGUUUUUAUCGUGAUAUUAAAAGUAUAUAUUUUCAGCUUGUAGUGUUAAUCAGAACCAGAGUCAGUAACGUUUGAUUCACUUUGUAAUUUACUUUUGUGCUGAAGACCAGCUGUCGUCUCUCUCUCUCUGGGAGCUGGGAGUUAUGUGCUUGUGUCUGGAUGAAACUGAUUGUGAACACAGGGGCAUCAGAUCAAUGAUACUAUGUGGUUAUUUAUCAAGUCUCUUUAGAAAAGCAGUAAAUGCAGGAAGUACAGGGUGAAAAUCAGUGUAGUACCUCUGGUUUGGCUUGUGUAGGUGAUCAAGUUUUCAACCAUUCAGACAUCAGCAGAUCAUCGGUCCCAGCUCAUUAACACUGACACUGAUUUACUAUGCAUCUCUCCAUUUUAAACCUUUAAAGACAUUUUUCACUUAUUAAAUAUUCUUGUGGUUGAAUCUGAAGUCUGCCUCCAUUGCACCUCAUCUGUCACGGCUGCCUUGUUUAUUUUAUCUUUACCUCUCAGCUUUUAUUUUGAAAGGAUGGCAUUCUCAGUAUUUGAAAAGCAUACUUUCCCCCCAAUAGAUAUUUUAAAAAAAAAAAGGAGGACCCCUUUCCUUUGGAAUUAUUAGACUAUAAACUGUUAAAUUAUUUUACAUGAAAAGAUAAAAAUUCACAAUUGUAAAAGAUGAAUUUGGAGGUGUUUCAGUGCCACCCCCAUCCUCCACUUUAGGAACCACAUCCUUACAGAUUCUGUUUUUGAGUUUGAAGAUGUGCAGCUCUUUUACUUUCAGACAAGUUGGAAAAAUAAUCCUAACAUUCAAGGUGCAGAAAGGGUCAUGUGUCAUGAUUCUCAGGCAAAACUAUUCCUCUGAGACAAAGCUUUUCAAUAUUCCAGAACACUGAUGGAAGGUAAAUUACAAUGCCACUUAUUAAGUUUACACAGUACCUCACACACUCUUCUGUCUCUUUACUGUAUAUGCCCAGCAGACUUCAGAUUCAGCAUCUAGAAACUGUAAUUUUCUUUAAAAACAUCAUGGAUUCAUUUCCUCCUGUGUUGCAGACCUACCAUCAACUCUGAAUUACCAGAGCAAAGGAUGAAAUGUUCAGUUAUUUAUUUGUAAGCAACAAAAAGAAACCUAUUCAGUAUGUUAAAAAUAAAGAUUCAUAAACCA